AUGAGUUUCCCUGUGGUUGCGACAUCGUUUGGAGUGUCCCAAAGUGGCAGCCAAGCGGGAAAGAAGAAAGGUGGUUACGUCAACUAUGAAGUCGAGCCAGGCUUCACCAUUCGUAUGCGUCAGAAUAUUGAUCCCACCACGGACCCUAAGAUACUCAAACGGAUAAUUUCGAACCGUGUUGCGGCUCAAAAGUCUAGGUGGAAGAAGGUUCAAUAUCUUGAUGCUCUAGUGAAGAGAUCCAUGGAGCUCCAAAGAGAGGUGAGUGAGUUGCGUUCCCAACUAGCGAUUACCAGUGAACAAAAACGAUAUCUAGAAAAUGAGCAAAGGCAGCUAAAGGAGUGUAUCUCUGCUCGGGUUCAACAUUGUAUCAACAGCGAUGGUGUCAUUGAGGAGUAUAAAACGGAGAUAGAGAGGCUGAAGACGAAUCUGGCUCCACUCUCCAAUCUUACUUAG